ACAAACACUGUAAACUCCCAUUAAAAAAAAAAAAUCUUUUCACACCUCAUUCAAUUCGUUCUUUACUUUCAAGCCCCCCCCCCCAACUUUUUCUCCAUUAAUUUCAUCUCUCUCUAUAAGCUUUCAAUCCAACAAUGCCCAACUAUACAUUAGAGUCAUCCACAGUCGAAACCCUUGAUGGAGUCAACCUAAUGACCAGAAUUUUCAAACCAAAACAAGUGAAAGACAACAUGGUAAUCGUCCUUGUCCAUCAAUACUCCAUCAUGGGUGGUUGUCAAGCUCUUAUGAAAGGUAUGGCUUCUGGGUUAGCUGAAAAAGGUUACGCCGCCGUCACUUUUGAUAUGAGAGGUGUCGGACAGUCGACCGGGAAACCUUCUCUUACAGGUUUUGCUGAAGUUGCCGAUGUUGUUGCUGUUUGCAAUUGGGUUUCUCAAAAUCUGUCUCCUAAUAAGAUUUUGUUGGUGGGUUCUUCUGCAGGGGCACCAAUUGCUGGUUCUGCAGUAGAUCAAAUUGAGCAAAUCAUUGGCUACGUAAGUCUGGGUUACCCUUUUGGCAUGAUGGCCUCAAUCCUUUUCGGACGUCACCAUAAAGCCAUUCUUCAGUCCCCAAAACCGAAACUCUUCGUCAUGGGAACUGAGGAUGGGUUUACGAGCGUGAAACAGCUUGAUAACAAGUUGAAAUCAGCAGCAGGUCACAAUGAAACACGUUUAAUCGAAGGAGCUGGCCACUUCGAAAUGGAAGGCCCUGCUUUUGAUUCUGAGAUGGUGAAAUGUAUCCUUGAAUUUAUUGCCUCUUUGUAGGACAAGCAACCAGUUCUUGUACUAGUUGCUUGAUGAAUUUUGCAUUGCUUUUGCAUUUAUUGAUUUUUUUGUGUAUAUAUAUAUAUUGCAACUUGCAGGAAGUUAGACCUUUUUUGGUUCCCAAA